CCAGCCAGCUCGGCAGGCAGCUCAGCUGCCGAAUCUCUGCCGACUGUAUCGCCUCCUGCCCUGUGCCAAGGUUGAACGACAUGGAAUGGAACGUGACAGCGCUGCAGGAGGAUCAGCUGAGGCACCGUGCCCUCUCCCAGUCACUGCACGCUGUCGGACGAAUCACAAGAGCCAUACUCGCCAGGGGACGAUGUGAGACCUACAAUCGGCUCAAUUUUAAGCUGAGGCACUUGAACAAAACUGAUCUCCAGGUCCAGCAGACGGACUACCUGGAACAGCUCUCCAGCUACUGGCGAGACUUUGCACACCUACUCUCACUAGCUGUGACGCAGGCAUCACGACUGUUCAUUCCCCUCGCAUUCGAGUACAUGGGUAACAACACGACUGACCAGCGACUCCAAGGGUGGAUUAAGGACAUGGAACGUGUGAGAGACAUGCUGCACACGAAAUUAAGCAGCUGGCUACACGACGUGCAAUCCGUCAGAGAACAGACAGCGCACUUUGAAGUAGAAGACGACAAGAACAGCACUGGGUAUUUUAUACUUAGGCGGCCCCUGUUGAAUGAUAAACUGCUCGACUACCAGCCAAAGUUCCUUUUCUUUCGAGAGGACUUCAGUGCUCCAUGCGAGGAGCGGCAGCCAGAGGCAUCACAAAUGUUCGGCCUCGCCGAUGCACUGUAUGCCUUCUAUUAUACCAAGUGGUUUGGAACAGGAUGGGCCUUGAGGCAACACUUCCCAAAUGAUCCCAAGACUGUGGAUGAGGAGUGGCAGCUGGAAGACAGAAGCAACGCUACGCUUUCCAUAGACACUGACUGCAUACAGCUGUUGGUGGACGCCCUGGACCACCCCACGUGUCCACUGGAAGACCUGCCACAGGAGACCACCCAGCAGCGAGAGCAGUGCCGUGUUCAGCUGUGGGACGACCUGGUUCAGGGGUGGCCCCACAUACCCGUCACCAGCUACCUGGCCUACACUCAGAGGGCGAACGUCAACUUCUGCCUCUUGGCGUGGAUGACAGUCAACUCGCUCAGCAUUUCUGCUUACAGGAAGACGGUCCCAUCUUGCUCAUCAAUGAAGCUGAAGACCGUGCCUGGUGGUUGA